GAAUGAUUUUUUGGUUCCAUUUAACAGGUGAUGGGUUAUCUCUCGAGUUCCUCUCCUCACAUCAUGAGUGGAGCAGUUUCUGCACUUUCGCUGCUGAUAUACCAAGAUGCUGCCUUUUGCCUCUCUGUGCCCAACCUGAUACCUUCAGUUUUACUUUUGCUUCAAAACAAAGCAAACGAAGUUAUAAAAGCAACUCUUGGUUUCAUUAAAGUUCUAGUGUCCUCCUUAACUCGCAAUGACUUGAGGAAGCUCUUACCUGAAAUUCUCCAAGGAGUGUUGCCUUGGUCGUUAGUCUCAAAAUAUCAUUUUAGAUCAAAGGUCAGUAUCAUCCUUGAGAUCUUGAUCAGAAAGUGCAGUUCGGAAGUUGUUGAAAACCAAACACCUGACAAGUAUAAAGGCUUUGUUAAGUCCAUUACAAAGGGACGAGCGAACCGGAAACUUGAUAAAGAAGCUAACACCGCCGACUCCACAGAAAGAUCGGUUGACUUGAAAACAAAGGGAGGGAAGAAAAGGCUACGUGAUAAUGUUCCAAAUCCACCCGAGAAACCUUCAAAGGAUAAUUCAAGUAGUUCACGCAAGAAAACAUGGCAUAAACCGCAAAAUGGCUUCUCCAACAGUAAGAAUUCCAGUAAAAUGAUGUCUAAAGGUUUCAGAAGUCGAUCAAACAGUGCCGGUCGUUCAAAUUCACACAGUCAAAAUAAGGCAUGGACGAGAAAUGUAAGUACCAAUCAUAAGAGGAAAUACCCAGAAAAGCAAAAUAUCAAUGGAGUUGAUACUAGAAUAAAAAAGCAGAGGCAGUCCCUGAAUGUUGCAAGUGAUGAGAAACCUAAGUUAGACAAAUUGUCUGUAGCUUCAAAAUCACUUGCUUCUUCAAGGUUCAAUAAGCACAGGAGAAGAUCUAGCUAGAGGUAAUAAGCAAGUUUUAUAGGACAAAACUCUUUUACUGAUACUUGGCAUCUGGGAAAGGAGAUAUUUCACACGAAAAGAAAGCCGAUUAAGUUCUGGGAGCAAGCAUUUUCUUGCAAGAUAGAAGCAGCAGCCCUUGGAUGGAAAAACAGGGAGCAUCCAGAAAGUAUUGGUAACAGAGUUUUUUUUUUUUUUUUUUUUUUUUGAGAGGCCUAUUUAUGUAUUUAUUUAUUUUGAAUUAUGCCGGUAACUUAACACAGAAGUUGAGCAUUGGAUCCGUGUAUCAAAAAAAACGUUGCAAAUUUUGUGUAAUGUUGCUUCGGAUAUUUUUAUUUAUAAAAAAGCCUUGAUAGUUUUACUUGGA